UCCCAGGAGUGCAGUUAGUGCGGGAGCGGCUACACCCACCUCGGGGAAAGGGGUGGGAAAGAGGGGGAGCCGUGCGCCUCCCCCGCGCCAGGGCCAGGUCCUUGGGGAGUGCGGCUGCCGCUGGGGGUUCUGCCGCUUGGGUCUCGCUUGGAAGCGCCUGGGGCAAGGAAAGUUUCCGGCUUCUUCUCUUUCCCCUCUUCUCCCUUUCCUUCUUUUUAUCCUCUCUGCUGGCCCGGUGCGGUGGCACGAUGACGGCGUCUCCCGACUACCUGGUGAUUCUCUUCGUGACCACGGCGGGCACCAACGGGGCAAGGUUGGGCUCAGACGAGCGAGAGCUGCUCCAGCUCCUGUGGAAAGUGGUCGACCUGAGGAGUAAGGAGCUGGGGCACCUGCAUGACGUGCUGGUUCGGCCUGACCACACAGAACUGACGGCUGAGUGCCAGGAGAUCACCCAAGUGGAUGUGGAGAGCCUGGCACUGGCUCCACCGCUGGAGCAGGCACUGAGACAGUUUAAUCAGUCCGUGAGCAAUGAACUGAACAUUGGUGUGGGUACUUCUUUCUGUUUCUGUACUGAUGGACAGUUGCACAUUAGGCAGGUUCUACACCCUGAAGCUUCCAAAAAGAAUAUUUCACUGCCUGAAUGCUUCUACUCCUUUUUUGACUUGCGGAAAGAGUUCAAGAAGUGUUGCCCUGGCUCACCUGAAGUUAGCAAACUCGAUGUUGCAGCCAUGACAGAAUAUUUAAAUCUUGACAAGAGCAGUCCAGCAUUUCCCUAUGGAGCCUCUCAAGUUGAAGAUAUGGGGAAUAUUAUUUUAACAUUAAUAUCUGAACCAUACAAUCACAGAUUUUCAGAUCCAGAAAGGGUAAACUACAAAUUUGAAAGUGGACCUUGCAGCAAGAUGGAACUUGUGGAUGACAAUGCUGUUAUCCGAGCAAGAGGAUUGCCAUGGCAGUCGUCUGACCAGGACAUAGCGAGGUUCUUCAAAGGUCUAAAUAUUGCCAAAGGAGGUGCUGCACUCUGUCUCAAUGCCCAAGGUAGGAGGAAUGGGGAGGCUCUUGUGAGGUUCGUGAGCGAAGAGCACAGAGAUCUAGCACUACAAAGGCACAAGCAUCACAUGGGGAACCGAUACAUAGAGGUAUACAAGGCAACAGGUGAAGACUUCCUUAAAAUUGCAGGAGGUACUUCUAAUGAGGUUGCACAGUUCUUGUCAAAAGAAAACCAAGUGAUUGUCAGGAUGCGAGGUCUUCCUUUCAAUGUAACAACAGAAGAAGUGCUGACUUUCUUUGGCCAGCACUGCCCUGUAACAGGAGGAAAGGAGGGAGUCCUAUUUGUCACUUACCCUGACAGCAGGCCAACAGGAGAUGCCUUUGUCUUGUUUGCUUGUGAGGAAUAUGCACAAAAUGCACUGAAAAAGCACAAGGAUUUGCUGGGGAAAAGGUACAUUGAACUCUUCCGGAGCACUGCAGCAGAAGUUCAGCAGGUGCUGAACAGGUACUCUUCCACACCUCUCAUUCCUCUCCCAACACCUCCAAUUCUUCCAGUAUUACCUCAACAAUUUGUGCCUCCCACUAACAUCAGAGACUGCAUACGUUUGCGUGGGCUUCCCUAUGCUGCUACUAUAGAAGACAUUCUGGAGUUCCUGGGAGAGUUUUCUACAGAUAUUCGGACCCAUGGAGUUCACAUGGUUCUAAAUCACCAGGGGCGUCCAUCAGGAGAUGCUUUCAUUCAGAUGAAAUCUGCAGAUCGAGCCUUCCUGGCUGCACAGAAGUGUCAUAAGAAGACUAUGAAGGACAGAUAUGUUGAAGUCUUUCAGUGUUCUGCUGAAGAGAUGAACUUUGUAUUAAUGGGGGGCACUUUAAAUCGAAAUGGCUUGUCCCCGCCACCAUGUAAGUUACCAUGCCUUUCACCCCCUGCCUACUCCUUUCCGGCUCCUGCUGCAGUUGUGCCAACAGAAGCUGCCCUCUAUCAGCCAUCCAUGCUUCUGAACCCACGAACACUCCAGCCCUCCACAGCCUACUACCCUGCUGGGGCUCAGCUCUUCAUGAACUACACAGCUUAUUACCCCAGUAUGCAGCAGAGGAUGGACUUGUACACACAAGUGAUGCGGCCAGGACAGUGUCCAAAGAAUGGAUUUGCCUUUAAAGGCCCCAGCAGUUAGACUUCCUUAGUGAAGAUCCCUCUACCCUUUCUGAUGUUUUGAACAAACACAGCAAGCCUAGAUGGAGAUUUUGAUUGUUUCCAGCUUUUCUGCUUCUCAAGCCAGUUGUGCUCAAGAGAAAAACCACCAGAACUCUGGAAGUGACCAAAUGGAUCUGUUACUGUUUUAAAGUUCAUGGCACAAUUUUCAGACGUGCACACACAGACCACUAAGCCCUUCCCUGCGAGCACAGGUGCUGAAAUUGUGCAAAUCCUUGAGGGUUUCUGCUUGGUAAAGUAUUAAGCUGCUCUUAACACAAAAAUUGUUGAGCCUGAACCUACAAAGUCUGAUCUCUUUUGUUCUUUGAAAUAGCAAAAAAGUCUUUUUUACAUAAUUUUGCGCACAGUUUAAAAUAGUUCUUUGUAAUUCAAGUGGUUUUCAACCUCUAAUUUUUGCAUUUGACAUUUUAAUAAAAAAAAUCUUUUGUCUUGUA